AAAACAAGCUUCAAAACGACUUUGGCAUCGGUGGCAGCCUGCUCACGUGGUUAAAAAGCUAUCUGAGUGACAGGACGCAGUACACGGUUGUAAAUGGUAAAGAAUCCUCUAUCGCGAAGAUUACCUACGGAAUCCCACAGGGAUCAGUAUUAGGCCCCACCCUAUUUGCACUGUUUACAAACGAUCUACCUGAAAAUGUAGAAACUGGAAAUGUUUAUAUGUACGCGGAAGACACGAUGUUAUAUUGUAUCGAAGACUCAGCCGACGAAGUGGUAUCGACACAUAACAAAGCCCUGAGUGUACUUUAUGUGUGGUGCAUAGCCAACCAACUAACCCCACAUCCCCAAAAAAGUGAAUUGAUGCUCCUCUCAAGACAACGUAUAAUAGGCUCACUUGCCCCAGUUUUUCUAGGAGAGCAAAUGAUCAAGUGGGUAAAAAAGACGAAACUUCUCGGGAUGGUCAUUGAUGAGAAUCUCAGUUGGAAUGAACAUAUAUCGGAACUAAAACUGAAUUAUGUUAAUUAACAAAUUAAAUCUUGUAAAAACAUCAAGGUUUUUGCCGACAAGUGUAUACUAUUAGAUGUAUACUUUAAAGUCAUUCUUCCAUCCAUUACCUACGCACUGGUUGUCUGGGGCGGAUGUAGUAACAAGGAAAACUUCAAGUCAUUAGAACGCUUGCAUUGUAGAGCUGCAAGAAUUAUAUACAAAUUACCUAGAUACAUGCCAUCGGUAGAUGUGCUUUCCAAAGUCGGUUAGAACACAUUAUUCUUCUACUAUAAGACAACUAUAUUGAAACUAAUUUGUAAAAUAAUUAAGAAUGUAACACCUAACUCGAUGUCAGACAUGGUAAGCAGACGAGAAUGCAAUUACUCUCUACGAGCCAAAUACCAACUAUCUGCACCCCGCUUCAAUACAAAAACUUUGAAGCUCUCUAUAACGUAUAGAGGUGCAACCUUGUGGAAUGAUAUAAAUCGAAAAUAUAGCGAAAUAAACAUUGAUGAAUUCGACAAUGUUAACGCUUUCGUAAAAAAGGCCAUAAAAACAAUCACCUUCAAAGACUUUGUCUUUUUAUAGACAUAGUUAGUAAAUAUAUAGUAAUUAAUUCUUAUAUGUAAUUUAGAACUUUUGUAUAUAUCUCUAAGUGCACGACCCCACAAACUUAUGCUUUAAACAUUAUCGUGCUUAAAUAAAGUCAUAUUAUUAUUAUUAUUAUUAUUAUUAUUAUUAUUAUUAUUAUUAAGUUGCCAAGUAUGAACUUAACUUCAAAAAUCGAAAUGCCAUUGUCCUGAAUGCUCGCCUCCGUGAGCGUGCAUCCACAGCAAGUCACCAUAACAAAAAUAAAUAUAUCUUAAUUACGAUGGCCGAGAAGGGACUUCCGAGUUUCCGAGAUUCCAGGUUUCCGAGUUUCCGAGAUUCCGAGUUUCCGAGUGAUUGACCAUUUUAAUAGUUUAAAAGCAUUUAAUAUAAACAUUUAAUACAUGGAUAGCUGUUAUGAAGAGAUGAAAUUUGUUUAAUUUUUAGUUUCUAUUCAGUAUUCACUAGCAUUCAUGCCCAUCUUACUUUAUCGUGAAUAAUUUACCAAGAUCGGCAAAAGCUAGGAUAAGAUAAAAAACCAAACAACAAACAUAUAAUGUAAACCAGUUAACUGGCAUUUACAGCAAUUCUUGUCCUAAAUGAGAAGCUUCACUCUAUCUAAAAAAUAAUACAUAUUUUUUCUUCUAUCCUUUUAUAUUUUUUCCUCAAAGCAUUUAAUUCUCUUGACUUGGAGAGUAAAUUUUCCUUUAAAUCAUCUCUCUUUUGAUCAAGCUCUCCCAAAGGAAACUACAGUUUCUGCGACGUCUUGGUGGUUCGACUGGUUGCUCUCCGUUUCUUGCUCCCAAUGACCUAACAAUGGCUAGCUCAUUGUAUCUAACUGAAAAAUACGAAAAUGUGUUCGAAAUUUUCAUCGGCUAAAAAAAUGAUAGAGCCCUUUCAGCCUUCCAAAGAGCAAUAGUGACAACUAUAUUGUGGUUUUAUGGUUGUACUUUUUCGAUAAAAAGGUGAAAAGCCAGCAAAAGAUUUAAAAAUUUCAUGCCAACUAACCUUCCAAAAUAUACAAUAUUAAUGAUCACAAUUUUCACAACAUCAUAUGAACUUGCAACGCGAAUAAUACACCAAACCGCAUAAUCUUGAUGUCAAAAUGAAGAUAAGAAUUCGAGCUUUCUAGUUUCGAGGCGGGAAAACGCUAAUACAAGUUACCAGUCCGUCAAAAAGAGAAUAUAAUAUGGAAAUAUUUGCAUUAAUUUUGAAAAUAAAUUAAUUUUAAUAACCGCGCGUUUUGGGGAAUUUAGGACCUGGGUCUAGCGGACGUUUAAUUGGCAAAAAUUACUACAUAAAUUUACCAAGUGUGCAAAAUGACAUACGUUAAGAAUUAUGAUGGAGAACUUAUUUGUUUGAUGUAAUCGCUAAGUUAUAUUACAUAUUACGUUUGGAAAUUACUGCCAAAAAAUUACGAGAAUUGAUACUCGUUUUAAUUGCCAAAUUACAUUAUGUUUGGAAUUAUGUUUGACAAAUUAUGGCUAUCGAUAUUUCUUCUAGUUAUUAAAUUACGUCAAUUUUGAAAUUAUUCUGCAUCCCACAGUUUUACUUGAAUCAACAGUGUGGCCUUCCUUUACAAGGAAAAUUUUAUUUAUUGUGCUUCGCUUCCAAACAUCAUACAACAAUUGCAUUAAAGAAGCUGGGACACCACAACAGCUGAACACCAAUUACAGUGGGCCCUUUAUAAAAUAUCAAUAUGAAUAUAGAAAACAGAAAUAAUUAACAAAUUUUCGCCGAAGGCUAGGUGAUAAUCGGCGAGAAGGGACAGAGACUUAGUCGAAGUUUUCAUUUAACAAUAACCAUCGAGCCUGAGGCGAAUAAUAGUUUUAGUAUAAUAAGUUUUAGUAUAAUUUCAUAAAUGAUUAAUUAUCUGGGGAAAAAAAUAUAGAAUUACACAUUUCUUCAUCAUUUAAUAGUCAAACGACUUCGGCCGACGGCCGCCAUAAUAUUUCGAAAAUCGCUUUGGUGAUUAUCGCGUUAUAAUCACCUCAACGGCAACCAAUCAGCGUGGAAAAUUUUCAAUAAUCACCUAUGUAAUUAUACUUAGUUUACUUAAACCUUCUCCGUCAAUUCAGUACUGUUACUUUCAUUCUUGCUUGCCAAAAAUUCGUCGAUAGUUUCAUCACUAAGUGGAUACCAAGAAAAGUGUGCCAAACAUCCUUCCUCGCGCUCAUCGGCGGCUGCUAUAUCAUCAGGGAACUGUUUCUUCAUGAGCUGCACCUCCAUUUCAUCCAGAAGAACAGUAUUGGUUGUCAGAAACAAAUUCAGUACCCUCAUCAGGGCAUUUCCGCGAGAGAUCUGCAAAUUACAGAACGAUUCGGUUUGGAUGUCGAUGCCGUUACUCUUGUUGAGCACGAGAUUUCUUGAUGCCAUCACCAUUAAAAGCAAUGCCACGAUGUAUUGGGUCCAUCCCUUUUCGUACUUGAUUAAAAGGUAGAUUCCGAUCAGAAUAACUAAAACAGAGACCACGAAGGUGCAAUUGGCCACAAUCUUGUAAGCUUUGCUUCCAUAAAGAUUUUGCGUAAACUUUAUGUAGCUGCCAGUGUGGUAAUCGGGGUGGUGGUAGAUGCAAUACACCAAAAGAACCAGAAGGAAACCUGCAAUGAAAAAAGAGAGUUAUUUAUAACAUUUAGGUAAAAAAUUCGUGAAGUACGCUAACAAUCAUGAAAUACGCUACUUUGCAUGUCGAAAGGAAUUUGUGCAUGGAAAUUUCGAUUGUGAUUUUUAUACAUUAUGCCUAACAGGAGCAGACGCGAAAGUUCCGAACCAUAGGCACAGAAUAAAGAUCAGUGACAGAAGGACCACUCAGCGGUGCAAUGAAUCUUCGUUUUUUUAUACAAAAUUAUGCAGUUUACUGGCCAUAAGACGGAGCAGCUAGGCAGUCUAGCGCGUUCUCGUAAAACUAGUAAUACAGCCACUGUCAAAAAAAUUAAACUUCCUGAUAAAGAAGUAACAAAUGCAUCCGCUAUUGCAAAUGUCUUUAAUUCACACUUAACUUAUUUAGGUGAAAGGCUUGCUAGUAAUAUAGAUAGUUCAGACACCGAUCCCACCUUUUAUAUCAAACUUACAAACACAGUAGCCUAUUUUCAUUUAUUGGAAUUGAAACACAUAAUGUAACUCGUUUGCUUGAAACUAUUAACUCUAAUAAUGCCACAGGUCUUGAUGGUAUUCCAGGAAGAAUUUUGAAAUUAUCAGCCGAUGUUGUGUCCCCUUCGUUGACUAAAAUAUUCAACCAAUCUCUUAUUCAGGGAAUUUAUCCAGAUGAUUGGAAAAUUGCUAAGGUCGUCCCUGUUUUUAAAAACGGAACAAGGUAUGAUUUGAAUAAUUACCGUCCAAUAUCAAUAAUUUCGCCUGUUGCUAAAAUAUUUGGCAAAUUAGUGCAUGAUCAAUUUUAUUGCUACUUGACAAGUAACGAUUUAUUGUCGAAAUAUCAAUCCAGAUUUCGACCAAAUCACACCACUCUUAUUGCUUUGUUGGAAACUAUAAAUAUACUAAAUAGUUGGUGUGUAUAAAUAUUGAUAACGGCCUCUUUAAUGGAGUUGUUUUCAUUGAUCUAAAGAAAGCGUUUGAUACUAUUGAUCACAACAUACAACUGAUUAAAUUAAAUAUUAUGGAGUAGAUGAGAAUAUUUUGACUUGGUUUCACCCAUAUUUAACAAAUCGGAAACAAAAGUGUUUUGCCAAUGGAAACUUUUCCGACAGUUGUCCUAUAACUUACGGGGUCCCUUAUGGCUCUUUUAUUGGUCCUCUUUUGUUUUUAGCCGAUUUUAAUGACCUGCCCGAAUGCCUGAAUGAGGUGUUACCUAGAAUGUAUGCCGAUGAUACUUACAUAAGUUUCCAAAGUAAUAAAUUUGAUGACCUUGAAAAUCUUAUGAAUAUAGAACUUGGUAAACUUAAAGAAUGGCUUAAUGUUAACAAGUUAAGUUUAAAGCUGGUUCAUGGUUAUUGCUUCUCAUCAAAGUCUCGCUACAUUUGAUAACCAUGAACUUAAUGUUUUCGUAGGCAAUGAUCAAAUUGAAAGAGCCAAUGGGAUAAGUUUUUAGGACUUAAAAUAAUAAUAAUAAUAAAUAUUUCAUCUGGCAUAUCCAUAUUACUUGGCUCUUCAUCCAUACAUUUAAAAAAACUAACAAAGUAUUUCUAAAUUUCCAACAUAUUCACGGACAAUUUAAAACUUACUUAAAACUAAAAACCGGAGUUUUUGUUUUCAAACAAAUAGCACAAAGUAUCCAAAAUAGAGCUGCACGUGUUAUAACACGCGCUAUGAUGUUUCAUCUACAGUAGCUCUGUACGUGAAGAACUUGGAUGGAAUAAUUUUAUUAAUUUAUAUAUAGUAACUGUAAGUGAAGUCACGAACAAUUUAACACCUAUAUGGAUAUCUACAAAAUUUGUUUGUUAUAGACUCAGAGAUUUUGAAGGCAGACUGUUUCCCCCUAAACCUAGAACGGAUUAUCUUAAACGAUACUUCAGUUAUAGUGGAGCUUCAUUAUGGAAUAGCUUGCCUGAAUCUCUGAGAUUAACUUCAUCACUUUAAUUUUUUUUAAAUAUCUUUAAAACUAAUGUUAUUUAAGUCUUGUCCGACUCCCACACGUACAACCAUAUAUCUUUAAGUUUACAAUAAUUUAUACUAUAUUUAUAAUAUGUGAUAUUACUAAAGGUUCACCGUGUUUUAAAUAAAGGCGAUGUAUGUAUGUAUGUAUGUAUGUGUAUGUAUGUAUGUAUGUUUAUUGGCCAGAAAUGUAUGUGUAUGUAUGUAUGUUUAUUGCCUGGCUAGGAAAAUGGCAGCCAACAUCCGUAAUGGGACAUGCGCCAGGACAGAAACUUCAAAACUUCCAACGUAAGUGGCCCGUCUGUAUGGAUCUUUAUUCUGUGCCAAAGGCCUUCUGGCGGGAAUCAAGCGUGUGGUCCUGCGAUUCCUGUGCAGCGUUCUAACUAACUGAGUUAUAGAAUGCAGUUGUCGAGCUAUAACUGCAAGUUCAUGUACGUAUGCUAAGGUAAUGUUAAUGUAAGGUGUGUAUGCUAAAUAUCAGAAUUCUUGGGUACAUCAAUCGAUACAACUAAUUGUUGAAUGGAUUUUUGGAUGAAAUUUUGAGUGCGAUUUUCAUGCAUACAUUUAUUACACCUCAUAAGGAGCAGAUGUAAAAAAAUAUAACUAUUGUCUGUUUGGCAGCAAUCAAAUCUGCGGUCCUCUGAUUCCGAUGCAGUUCUCUAACCAACGAGCUACAGAGUCCAGUUUUUACGCCAGGUUCCUAUACGCUAUUGCUCAGAAAUAUCAAAGCUAACCCCUGUUGGAAAGAAUUAGCGUCUGUUUCCGGAUAUAUGCGUCAAGUGAUUUUCAACGCGCUAUAUGGUUUGUAAUAUAUGAAUUUUUGAGCGAGAUUCUGUUGCUGCCAUGAGCAUGGAUUUUUCUAUUAAAACGUAAAAAUGACAGCUUUAGUUAGGUAACCUAACCGACACCGAAAUGCUAAGUAAUAUUAUUGAAACUGGUGUCCAUUACUUAAGCAUUAAACACAGACACAGUUGUGGAUAACUCGGUGGAGCGGGGGGGGCUACCUCCCCUCCCCCACCUUUUGGGAAUAUUGUCGAAUUUUCGGAAAUUUUGACCUGAAAGAGGGCAAAACUGCCUUUUCGAGUGCAAAUUGGGGGCGAGGUGGUUGCCAGUAAUUUGAAGGUUUUGUCGGAAAUUUAGGAGAGAUCCACCCCCUCGGAGAAAGUAAAUUUCCGUAACUGCACAGAAAGUCAGUCAAG